AUGGCUGAUGACGACCGGCGAAAUAACACGGGCACCAGGGUAUUCAAGAAGACCUCGCCAAACGGCAAGAUCACCACCUACCUCGGCAAACGGGACUUUAUCGACAGAGGAGAUUAUGUCGACCUUAUCGAUGGAAUGGUCCUCAUUGAUGACGCCUACGUCAAAGAAGGCAAAACGGUGACAGCCCAUCUUUUGGCCGCAUUCCGAUAUGGCCGCGAAGACCUCGAUGUGCUCGGUCUCACCUUCCGAAAAGAUCUCAUCAAUCAACACGUCCAUGUAUUCCCACCCGAUGAGACCCAACCUCGGCGCCCAUUGACAAGGCUCCAAGAACGACUCCGGAAAAAGCUCGGCCCAAAUGCGUACCCAUUUUGGUUCGAAAUUGCGCCGAGGAGUGCGAGCAGUGUUACAUUACAACCUGCUCCCGGUGAUACAGGAAAACCAUGUGGUGUCGACUAUGAGCUGAAAACAAUCGUCUCCUCUAGUGCAACCAAUGGUUCUGAAGGAGAAAAGCCGAAAAAGCACAAUUCGGUUCGGUUGGCCAUCCGGAAACUGACUUAUGCUCCAAGGGAACCGCGUCCCCAACCAACAAAAGACGUCUCAAAGGAAUUUAUGAUGAGCCCCGGGCUUCUCCAUAUGGAGUGCUCACUCGACAAGGAGAUGUAUUAUCAUGGGGAUACGAUAGCGGUCAAUGUACACCUGCAAAACAACAGUAAUAAGACUGUUAAAAAGAUUAAGGUCAGCGUCGUGCAAGUUGCUGACAUUUGCCUCUUCACCACCGCUUCUUACAAUUGCGAGGUGGCCCGCGUCGAAAAUUGUGAGGGUUUCCCCGUCGGUCCGGGUGCCACGAUUUCGAAGGUGCUUGGGUUGACGCCGUUGCUCAGCAACAAUAAGGACAAACGGGGCUUAGCCCUUGAUGGCCAAUUGAAGCAUGAAGAUACGAAUCUGGCGUCCUCAACAAUUUAUGAUGAGGAUUCCAAAACCCCAAAGGAAAACCUGGGAAUCAUCGUGCAAUAUAAAGUUCGAGUUCGAGCGUUGAUUCAAGGACCGCUUGGCGGUGAGCUGAUGGCGGAACUUCCAUUUACAUUGACACAUGCCAAGCCACCAGAGACCCCGGAGCGGAAGGAUCGUCCCUCAAUUGUGAGUGUGAGUAAUGACGUUGCGGAUAUUGAUCUCAUUCAACUUGAUGAUAAAACCGAGGAACAACUCUUGGAUGAUGAUGAUCUUAUCUUCGAAGAUUUUGCGCGACUCCGGCUCCAAGCUGCUGACUCCCAAGAGGAUCCGCUCAAA